AUGGAGGUGGAGAGAGCGCUGAUCAUCAAGAAGAACAAAACUGUAAAAGACACAGAUGAAAGUCUGUCUGUAGCCACAUCAAACUGUCCACGCUUCAUCAAGACAAGAGGUUAUGAUGACGUGUGUGUGUCUGAGGAGGAGAAAGACUUUCCUAUUGCUUAUUCUUUGGUUGUUCAUAAAUACGCAUGGAUGGUAGAAAGGCUAAUCAAGGCAAUCUACUCUCCUGCAAACAUCUACUGUAUCCACUAUGAUGAAAAGUCUCCUGCUUCGUUUAAAUCAGCCAUCAAGAGCUUAGUCAGCUGUUUGCCAAAUGUCUUCAUUGCCUCCAAAAUAGAGUAUGUCUAUUAUACCAGCUUCAGCCGAGUACAAGCUGAUCUUAAUUGCCUUUCAGAUCUUCUGAGGUCAGAAGUCAAGUGGAAGUACAUCAUCAACCUCUGUGGCCAGGAUUUCCCCCUCAGAACAAACAUAGAGCUGGUUUCAGAGCUGAAGAAGUUGAACGGAACAAACAUGCUCGAGACAAUUCGACCCAAUAAAUACUAG